CACCGUGCUGUUGUCGGUGCCUCCGGUUGGCUGCGCUCUCCUCCUCUCCUCGGCACCGGACUGGCGCGGGGCGCGCACCGUGAGCGCACGAAGGAUGGAGGAACUUUAAAUCUGCCUCACCAACUUUCGACGCCUGUCACCCUCUCUCUCUCUCUCUCUCUGUCUGCCAGCCUCUCGUCCUCUCGUCUCUUCCUCUCCUCCGCUGCUCGUCUGCUCCAGAAGCGAAGAAAAAGAAAAGAAGAACAAGCAGAAGAAGAAGAAAAAAACCCAGGAAAAAAACCAGAGGAAGACUCCCGACAAUGGAUUUCCUGCAAACGCGGCUCGCUUGAUUCCCGUUCCUUGCGCGGAUGCUCCUGUCUUCGGCAGAGAUGAUGGCAUCAAUAGGGGAAUUCGACCCGCUCAACACCAGAGUCCCUGCAACUAAAAUAGAAGUUACCGUGUCGUGCAGGAGUCUCCUGGACGUGGACACAUUCUCCAAGUCAGACCCUGUGGUCGUCCUGUAUUUGCAGGCUGUGGGAACCAAAGAGUGGAGGGAGUUUGGCCGGACAGAGGUAAUAGAUAACACUCGCAAUCCAGAUUUCGUCAGGAAGUUUGUCCUGGAUUUCUUCUUUGAGGAGAAACAAAAUCUAAGGUUUGAUGUGUACAAUGUGGACUCCAGAAGCUGUAACAUUUCCAAACACAAGGACUUCCUGGGUCAGACCUUCUGUACCCUUGGAGAAAUCAUCGGCGCCACAGGAGGACACCUGGAGAAGACCCUCUCUGGGAUUCCAGGAAAGAAGUGUGGAGUCAUUAUCUUAACUGCAGAGGAGCUCAGUAACUGCAGGGAUAUUGCCACUAUGCAGCUGUGUGCCAACAAGUUGGACAAGAAGGACUUUUUUGGCAAGUCCGACCCCUUCCUGGUUUUCUACCGCAGUAACGAGGAUGGGACGUUCACCAUCUGCCACAAGACCGAGGUGAUCAAGAACACGCUGAACCCGGUGUGGCAGCCCUUCACCAUCCCCGUGAGAGCUCUCUGCAAUGGAGACUAUGACAGGACUGUGAAGAUAGAUGUCUUUGACUGGGAUCGAGAUGGAAGCCAUGACUUCAUUGGCGAGUUCACCACCAGCUACAGAGAGCUGUCUCGGGGGCAGAACCAGUUCAAUGUCUACGAGGUUUUAAAUCCCAAAAAGAAAGGCAAAAAGAAGAAAUACAUUAAUUCUGGAACUGUAACACUGCUGUCCUUCAAAGUGGAGUCUGAGUACACCUUUGUGGAUUUCAUCCGAGGAGGAACCCAGCUGAACUUCACAGUGGCUAUAGACUUCACAGCAUCCAAUGGUAACCCGUCCCAGCCCACCUCACUCCACUAUAUGAAUCCCUACCAGAUGAAUGCAUAUGCCAUGGCCCUGAAAGCAGUGGGUGAGAUUAUCCAGGACUACGACAGCGACAAGCUCUUUCCUGCCUACGGCUUCGGGGCUAAGAUGCCCCCUGAUGGCAAAAUCUCCCAUGCAUUCCCACUGAGCGGUGACAAUGAUAACUCAAGCUGUGUGGGAAUCGAAGGGGUUCUGGAGGCCUAUUUCCAGAGCCUGAGGUCGGUGCAGCUCUACGGACCCACCAACUUCGCACCAGUUAUCAACAAAGUGGCAAACUGUGCAGCAGAGAUUACAGAUGGCUCUCAGUACUUUGUCCUGUUGAUGAUCACAGAUGGAGUGAUAUCUGACAUGGUCCAGACCAAAGAGGCUGUGGUCAAUGCAGCAUCGCUCCCUAUGUCCAUAAUCAUCGUAGGAGUUGGACCUGCUGAGUUUGAUGCGAUGGAGGAGCUGGAUGGAGACGAGGUGAGAGUAUCCUCCAGGGGACGUCUUGCUGAGAGAGACAUUGUUCAGUUUGUUCCGUUCAGAGACUACAUCGACCGAUCUGGCAACCAGGUCCUCAGCAUGGCCCGGCUGGCCAAAGACGUCCUCGCCGAGAUCCCGGACCAGCUGCUGUCCUUCAUGAAGACCCGAGGAAUUGAGCCGCGGCCGGCCCUGUCCUCCUCGCCGGUGCCGGGGCUCCGACGGCACAUCUGACCCCCCCCGACACAGCCGCGGCCACUCAUCUCUGACUCUCUCCCUCUCUCCCCCCUCCCCCCACUCUGCUCACCCCUCCCUUCACGUCGCGGACAUUUAUUUGGCACUUGGGAGGAGCGGACGGACUCGACCCGUGGCUCGCCCUCUUCCUCUCUCAUCGCCGCCGAAGCUAAAGAGGCACAUCAGACGGACGCAGCGGGCUUCUCGUCCCUGACCCGCCUGCUGUUGUUUCCCCCCCCCCCGUCCGUCUUCUCCUCUCGAUCUCACCCGCUCCUGCAGCAUCACUUCCCAUUUGCUCUGCGGACGACCAGCGGGACUGAACCGUGACCGGCCCUCUCCGCCUCACUGGCUACCUUUCGCCGCUUGACUUUUUGAAUUUGCCUGCUAAUUUCCCCUCACCAGACACACAAACACACACACACACACACACACACACACACACACACACACACAAAAUCAUUUUUUACCUGUGUCCUUGUCCUCAGAAGUGUAGACAUGUCUCUCUUUGGCACGAGUCCGAGGGGACGCAAAAUGCAAUUCAAACCAGUCCCCAAAUGUAGGCAGAGCCCCCGGUUAGCAAAAAGCCCUUCUUUGGUCUUCAAGUACUUUUUGGGAUCUUGGUGUUCUGGUCACAUGGUGUUCUGGUCACAUGUUCAUUAUUACCAGUCAAACACUCACACACACACACCUGUCAGUCAUUCUACACCCACCCUCUCUUUUGCCCAGCGUGGGCUGAGGAGGCUAAGUGCAGACCCCCCCCCCCCCCCCCCCCCCCCCCCCCCCCCCCCCCCCAACCGCCACCCCUGCUGCUCGGGAAAGGCCAGUCUCUCCGGCUGCCCUGCAGAGAGAGGUGGACACGGAGGGAAGGAGGGAAGGGAGGAAGAAGAAAGGAAGAAGGAAAGAAAGAAAGAAAAAAGGCGACGAGGGAGAGAUGGAAAGGAGAAGAGGAAGGAGAAAAAAAAUCCAAGCUGACAUUAAACGAGUGUGGGGGAAUGAGACAGAGAUGGACAAGGUGGCAGGGGAGAGGGGAGCAGUCAGGGAUUUGUUUGAUGCCUGAGGGGGAAGGAAAAAAUGGGAGAAACAGAUGGUGGCAGGGGAGAACGCAACAGAGGGGGGGGGGGGGGAGACGGUCUUUGUGUGCAUCUUGUUUUGGAGGAUGGGAAGGAAAUCUCAACGAUGAAUAAAUGCACAAAAAAAAAAGAAGCAAUAUACUGUAUACCUGACUUUCAGUGUGACGUGUGCCCUAUGCAUGUGCCUCCCCCGUCCCCCGCCGUGACUUGACAUUUUAGCGGCGGGCAGACUGAAGCUGCGUACAACGCGGGCAAAGUCUGCCACCUAGUGUUCAUGCUUCGUAGAGCAGGGUAUCAUAAUUAUGCAUGACUUUACUGUACAUUCCUAUACUCGACUCGACACGGCACAGACGCAUGUAGCCUGGUCCGGCUGAUUCAGGCACCUUCACCAGUCGAAUAACAGACUGGGCUAUAAACACUGCUUCGUCCCUCCGGAGGUGAAAUGUGUCACCUCCUUGAAGACACUUUUGUUAACGUCAGCGUGAUGGCGUCGACUUAGAGGAGUGCUCAUGCUGUUUAGUGUUACGUGUAAGCAUAUUCACUACAAUAACAAUAAUUGUCAAGAUUUUGCAUGCUUGGGAACAAGUGUGUCACAGUGUUGAAGUCGGUGGUGUCAUUGCAACUGAUUGUCCCAAAAAGAGAGAGAGACAGAGAUGGAAAUAUAUCUCAAAAUAUUAUGCAUUUUACCUCUGCCACUGUACAAUUUCAUUGGUCAGGAUUCAGAGCGAACCUGUGCGCGCAGCGUCCUGCAGACAGCUGGUACUUUCGCCAACCGGAGCUUGUGAACUUCUUCAAUUAAGAGACGCGUAUUUUUUGAUAUUCCGCAGUGAUGUGGCCUGUUCUCGAGGUCGGAACACGCCAGACGUGUACGGUCUCUGCAAGACAGCUGCGCAUCAGCAGGUACUCCGAGGCGGCGCGCCAGCCUGUAGUGUGAUUUAUUUUAUUUGUUUACUUUAUGUACAGGAGCAUUUUUGGUCUCUCUCUCUUUGUCUUUGUCUCAUGGCUCGAUGAACGUGUCUAUAUUCAGAUCAGUGUUUGAAAAGUGAAGAUGAAUAAGCUUACAAUGUACAUGUAUAUAGAACAGUACACAAUGAGAAAUAUGUCUCCCACUUAGAGUAGAGCUUUAAAAGCCUUUUAACUCAGUGUCUCCAAUGAUAAAUCUAUAUUGUAUGUUGACGUUUUUAUGAAUGUCCAUUAAAAAAAAAGAAGAAGAAGAAUGUAGAAGUUUCAACAAUAAACGUAACUGUUUUGACAAA